AUGCACCAUCCCAUCAUCACCCUGCUGGGCAUACUCCUCCCCCUCUUCACAAGCCUCGUCCACGCCAACGUGGAGAAGACCAUCUUCCUGGGCCCACCAGCUACAACGAUCCCAUCGGAAGCACCAGAACUGGAUGAUCUCGGUCUGGAUCGACUCUCGCCUCAAAAUGGGGUUGUACGCACCCAAUUGAAUGCGUCAUUUCCCACGGCCGAGGCUCCCGAAGGAACGGACUCGUGGUUCUUCCUAGAGAAUCUCACACCGGGCCAGCGAUAUGAAGUUCGCAUUUGUUGGUUAGCGACGCAACCAACAUCCUUCACACUAUCAACACACCCCCUCCCCUCAAUAACCGAAGACUCAACCCUCCUCACCUCCCUCAGCAAAUUCUCCGCAUCCCGCCUCUCAAAUCCAGAUACUAACCUACAAGUAAACUCCCUCCUCCGCGGCAGCGACACCAAAGCCGCCAACGACCCCGCACCAACCACCGACUCAGUACUCUUCCUACGAGUCCGCGCUGCUGCGGACUACUUCUCGAACGACGAGUCGUUGAUGCGCGAUGUCCCCUCCGUCGCGGUCGACGUGAUCCUCGAUCCGUUCUUGUGGAAUGUGUUUCCGCGGUCGUUGGUGCCGACGGCCGGGUGGAUUGUUGUUGUUGCCAUUGUGGCGGGGGUUGUUGCGCGGUGGGUGGUUGGUGAGUUGGGGAGGGUUAUUGAGGAUGCGAGGGUUGAGAGGGAUGAGGGGGAGGCGAAGAAGGAGCAGUAG